CAACAAUGGUUAACAAUGAUCACACAUUCAUCAAUGGUGGUGAAGUAAUUAAUCACAACCAAAAUUUUCCGCCUCUCGUUAUAUCUUAUAAUGAGAAGAUACGUCCCAUUCUCGAUGCAGUGGACAAACUCCGCCGCCUCAACGUCACCCAAGAAGGCAUUCCUCUCCCCACGAUCGUUGUCGUCGGAGACCAGUCAUCCGGUAAGUCUAGUGUUUUAGAGUCACUCGCUGGAAUAAGUCUGCCGCGUGGACAAGAUAUAUGCACAAGGGUACCGCUUAUAAUGAGGCUUCAACACCAUUCGGAUCCCGUGCCGGAGAUCGUUUUGGAGUUUCAAGAAAAAUCAGUUAAGAUCAUCGAAGAAAACAAGAUAUCUGAAGCCAUUGGUAAGGCUACGGUGGAGAUCGCUGGAAACUCUAAAGGCAUAUCUAAUGUUCCAUUGACUUUGGUUGUUAGAAAGAGAGGUGUUCCGGAUCUUACCAUGGUUGAUUUGCCUGGAAUCACUCGGGUCCCCAUUGGUGAUCAACCCAAAGACAUUUACGAACAGAUUUCAGGUAUGAUAAUGGAAUACAUAAAGCCAGACGAAAGCAUCAUUUUGAAUGUUCUUUCUGCCUCGGUUGAUUUCUCUACGUGUGAAUCAAUUUGCAUGUCACGGAGUGUGGACAACACUGGGCAAAGGACACUGGCUGUCGUUACCAAAUGUGACCAAGCCCCGAAUGGCCUGCUUGAAAAAGUUACCACAAAUGCGGUUAACAUAGGCCUUGGCUACAUCUGUGUUAGAAAUAGGAUCAACAAUGAAACCUAUGAAGAAGCUCGUAACCAAGAAGCCGCACUCUUUGAAACUCACCCUUUACUGUCCAAGAUUGACAAUUCCAUGGUGGGUAUCCCAGUUUUGGCCCAUAGGCUUGUUGAGAUCCAAUCGGUAAUCAUAUCUAAAUGUUUGCCCGAAAUCGUCAAGAAAAUAAAUGAGAAACUCAACGCUUCUAUUGUGGACCUCAACAAAUUGCCACGGAAUCUUACAAGUAUUCCUGAUGCAAUGGUUACAUUUAUGCAAAUCGUUGGGUCUUUGAAAGAAACUCUUCAAAGGAUCUUAAUCCAAGGUGCAUUUGAUGAAUAUGAAAAUGAUCAACAAAUGCAUUGUGAUGCUCGGAUGGCAGAAAUGAUAGAUGAGUUAUCAAAAGAUCUCCAAUCAAGUGUUAAGUUUUCUGAACGUUUCUUGGUUGAGGAAAUGAAGGUUUUGGAGGAAACUAAUGGGAUCCGGUUGCCUAAUUUACUUCCACACUCGGUAUUUCUUACCAUGCUCAAGAGAAAAGUGAACAAUAUUUCUGAUUUGCCUGUUGGCUUUGUAAACAAAGUGUGGGGUUAUCUUGAAAACGUAUGCGCUAAAGUAUUGAUUGAUCGAUGUGGAAAUUACCCACAAUUGCUUCCUUUGAUGAGGAAAGCAACUCACUGUGUGAUGGAGAAAACAAAAGUCAAGUUUGUGGAAAGGGUUGUUGAAAUGAUUGAGAUGGAGAAGAUCACGGAUUACACUUGUGAUCCUGACUUUAUUACUUCUUAUAACAAGCUAAUGGGCUAUCGUACUCAAUUUUUGAACUCAAUGAGCAAUGUCAACUGUACACUAAAUGUGGAAGGUUUUGGGACGGUUAACACUAGGCAUCUGAGUAGUGUUUCAGCAAACACAAGGGAUCAGGCUUAUGAUCUCAAAAUGAAGAUGACGGCGUAUUGGAAAAUUGUUUUGAAACGUAUGGUGGACUGUUUAGCGCUCCAACUACGCUUUUUUAUGCAAAAAGUGGUGAACAAGGAGAUGGAGAUGGAGAUAGUAAAUGAGGUGAUGGUACAAAGUGGUGGUAUAGAGAAAAUGUUGGAUGAACCACCGUCGGUGACUAAAAAGAGGGAGUUGCUUCAAACUAGCGUUCGCUUGCUCCAAGAAUCGAAAGAAAUAAUGGAAAAAGUCAUGGAUGACAUUGUGGUCACAUCUGAAUAACUUCUUAAGAAACUGAUGUUUUAAUAGGACAUUCUAGCAUCCGUUAUAACUAAUACAUGGUUGAAAUAGGAA